AUGAAGAUCACCUUCGUACCUCUAGCUCUCAUCGCUGCCCUCACUGGCUUUGGUGAGGCGCCGAACUGCACCCCAAAGCUUGAUCAUUGCGGCCACUUCCUUCUUGGCAUCGGCAAAUACUACUCGACCAUCUCCGAUGAACUCACCCGUGCGACUAAAGCAACUUGCUUCAAGAAGAACCAGAUCAAUGAUGCCCUCUUCUCAUGCGGGCCGAAUGGAACUAUCAAGUUCAAGAAGUACUGCAAGAACGGGUGCCAGGUUGGAGCUAUGGGAAAGCAUGAUUACUGUUGGAGUUAG